AUGCUCAACUCACAAUACCCGCGCUCCGAACGUUCACCCAUCCCGCAAUCCAUCUCCUCUCUGCCCAGGAUGUCUGCCGCCCGCGCAUUUUCCACUGCUUUCCGAGCAGGCGCCACCCGCGCCCCAAUGGCUGCCCGCUUCGCUGCGUCUAGGAGCUACGCUGCUGCCGCUGCUCCGGCCACCAGCUCCGCCAACAAGCCGCCUAUUGCUCUCUUCGGUGUCGAUGGAACUUAUGCGAGUGCACUGUACACUGCGGCCACCAAGACCAACGCUCUCGACCCAACCGCGAAAUCUCUCGAGGAGCUCUCCAGUGUAUUCAAGCGGGACCCCAAGCUUACCGAGAUCCUGAACGCUCCCGCUCUCUCCGUCGCGGACAAGCACCAGAUCGUCCAGGAACUUCAGAAGCACAUUGGCAGCCAGGACAAGGAGGGUAUCGUCAAGAACCUGCUGACCACCCUCGCCGAGAACAACAGAUUGGGCGCACUUCCCGGUGUUGUGACCAAGUUUAGUGAACUCAUGGGCGCCCACCGGGGAGAGGUUGAGCUGGUGGUUACCAGCGCUGCGCCGCUUGACAACAGGACGCUCGGCCGUCUGGAAAACGCCAUUGUCAAGUCGGAUUACGUGCAAAAGGGCCAGACGGUCAAGGUUGUACCUAAGGUCAACCCCGAGAUUCGUGGCGGAGUCAUUGUUGAGAUUGCCGACCGUACCAUUGAUCUCUCCAUCUCGUCCAAGAUGGCCAAAAUGAACAAGCUGCUCAAGGAUGCCUUGUAA